AUGUCGGAGCACAGUCCGUUGCUCGCUAACGGCGACGAGCACUCGUACAGUGGCGUGAGCAACGACGACCGCUUCUACAUGGGCGUGGACAAGCGCUCGCUGCUAGAUACGGGAGAGGCAGGUCUCAGCACCGUGGAAGCCUCGCGCCGACUCAAGAUCUUCGGCCCCAACGAGCUCGAAACCAAGGAAAAGAGCCCGUGGAUCAAGCUGGCCGAGCAGUUCUGGGGCCCCAUGCCAAUUAUGAUCUGGCUCGCUAUCCUCGUGGAGGCCAUCACCAAAGAUAUGCCUGAUUUCUUCGUGUUGCUCUUCUUGCAACUGCUCAACGGCACCGUGGGCUGGUACGAGGAGCUCAAGGCAGGUAAUGCCGUCGCUGCACUAAAGGCCAGCCUCAAGCCUGAGGCCCAAGUCAUCCGUGACGGCGUGCACCAGACUAUUAACGCUGCUCUGCUCGUGCCGGGCGACCGCAUCACGCUUUCGGCCGGUUCAGCUGUGCCUGCUGACUGCGAUCUGUGCGAGGGCAACGCCGUGCAGAUCGACCAGGCUGCGCUGACGGGCGAGUCGUUCCCUGUGACGAUGGCCACUGGCGACAACGCUAAGAUGGGCUCCACUGUCGUACGUGGAGAGGUGGAAGCUGUGGUGUCCGCUACGGGCGGCCAGACGUUCUUCGGCAAGACAGCGAGUCUCAUCUCGUCCGUGGACGAAGUGAGUCACUUCCAGAAGAUUUUGAUCCGCAUCACCAUGUUCCUCAUGGCCAUUUCAUUCAUUCUCGUGGGCUUCUGCCUCGGCUACCUCAUCUACAACGGCGAGGACUUCCUAGAUGCGAUUGCCUUUUGCGUUGUGCUGCUCGUGGCCUCUAUCCCCAUUGCUAUGCAGGUGGUAUGCACCUCCACUAUGGCUCUUGGAUCCCGUAAGCUUGCAGAAGAGAAGGUCAUUGUUACUCAGCUCCAAUCGAUUGAGACUCUGUCGGGCAUGAACAUGUUGUGCUCGGACAAGACUGGUACGCUUACCCGCAACAAAAUGGAGCUGCAAGACGAUCUGCCCAUCUUCCACCCGACUGCUACGCGUGAAGAAGUGCUUAUCACGGCUGCACUCGCUGCCAAGUGGAAGGAGCCGCCUAAGGAUGCUCUGGACACGCUGGUCCUCAACGCGAUUGACCUGCGUCCGCUGGACCAGUACACGAUGAUGGACCACAUGCCUUUCGACCCAUCGGUGAAGCGUACAGAGUCUACGAUCCGCGGCCCUGACGGUAAAGUGUUCAAGGUGACCAAGGGAGCCCCGCAGAUUAUCCUGGCGCUUGCUCACAACGUGACGGAGAUCCAGGAAGAAGUUGAGGUCAAGGUGCUGGACUUGGCCAAGCGUGGCAUCCGUUCGCUUGCUGUUGGUCGCACGUCGGACGAAGAGGCUGAUGGUGGCUGGGUGUUCCUCGGUAUUAUGACGUUCCUGGACCCUCCGCGUCACGACACGAAGCGUACCAUCGAACUGGCUCACGAGAAUGGUAUUGGCGUCAAGAUGAUCACUGGAGACCAGGCUGCUAUCGCCGUGGAGACGUGCCGUAUGCUCGGAAUGGGCACGACUAUCCUGGGUACGGAUGUCCUGCCCACUGCCAAUGUCCAGGACGGUCUUUCGUCGACUCUUGGCUCGGAUUACGGCGCUAUUGUCGAGAGUGCUGAUGGUUUCGCUCAAGUGUUCCCGGAGCACAAGUUCUUGAUUGUUGAAGUGCUGCGUCAACGUGGCUGGGUGUGCGGUAUGACUGGCGACGGCGUGAACGAUGCGCCUGCUCUGAAGAAGGCUGACGUCGGUAUUGCUGUUGAAGGCUCGACCGAUGCUGCCCGUGCUGCCGCUGAUAUUGUGCUGACUCAGCCUGGUCUGUCCGUCAUCAUCAACGCCAUCACUCUGUCGCGUAAGAUCUUCCAGCGUAUGCGCAACUACGUGACGUACCGUAUCGCCUGCACGAUCCAGCUGCUCAUGUUCUUCUUCAUCUCAGUGCUGCUGUUCCACCCGGACAGCUGCCGCUUCCAGCACUUCGUCCCGCACGUUGGUGAGUGCCCGUACAACAGCAACGAGAGCACGGAGGCUGUGGACCCGUACUUUAAGCUGCCGGUCAUUGCUCUGGUUCUAAUCACGAUCUUGAACGACGGUACGAUCAUCUCGAUUGCCUACGACAAUGUGGUGCCCUCGAAGCGUCCGGAGACUUGGAACUUGCCGCGUAUCUACUGGGUGUCGACGACUCUUGGUCUAAUUGCUGUCGCUAGCUCGUUGCUGCUGCUCUUCUGGGGUCUCGACUCGUGGGACAAGAACGGAAUGCUCGCGUACUUUGGCCUGGGUGACCUCCCGUACGACCAGGUGAUGAUGAUGAUGUACCUCAAGAUCUCACUGUCCGACUUCAUGACGGUGUUCACGGCCCGUACCGACGGUCUGUUCUUCACGCGUGCCCCUGGUCGUCUUCUGGCUGUUGCUGCGUGCUUCGCUACGGUUGUGUCCACGCUUCUGGCUGUGUUCUGGCCGUUCACCGAGAUGGAGGCCAUCUCGUUCAAGCUGGCUGUGUUCGUCUGGGCCUACUGCUUGGCCUGGUUCUUCGUCCAGGAUCUGGGCAAGGUGUUGCUGAUCUUCCUGUUGGAGCACGUGGACCACAUGAACGUGUUUGAGCGCAAGGUCAGCAGCAAGAAGUACGUCAAGCAGGAGGCGCAGCGCCAGAACCGUAUUCGUAUGGGCUCUACCUUUAUGAACAACGACUCGUUCAUGCGCGGCUCGUUUGUCGCCGGACGUGCUGUGGGUGGGUCCUUCGUGGAGCGCAGUAUGACGCUGGAACAGGCGAUGGACCGCCUGGUGCGUCUGGAGGCGGAGAUGAAGGCGAUCCGUGCUGUUAUUCAGAACGCUUCGGGUACUGGCAAGGUUUAA